AGCGACGCUCAGACUAGAGGUAGAAUUGAAGCAAGACAGCAGGCUGGAUAUAUAGAGCUCACACAGCACCAGCUAAUUGUAGCAACUGAGUUAAGAAGAUAAAAGCAAAUCACUUGACUUUUGUUGUAAGGAAUUUUAACCAUGAGACUUGUGAUAGCAGCUCUGUUACUGCUGUUCAUUGCAGCAUGUACAGUCCGUGUGGAAGGGUCAAAAUGUAAGUGUUCCAGAAAAGGACCAAAAAUAAGAGUUACAGAUGUGCAGAAGCUGGAAAUCAAACCAAAGUACCCAUAUUGUGAGGAAAAGAUGAUUAUUGUAACCAUGCAGCACGUAUCAAGAUUUAGAGGGCAGCAGUAUUGUCUGCAUCCUAAACUUCACAGUACAAAGAAAUUCCUCAAAUGGUACACAAUAUGGAAGGAAAAAAACAGAGUAUAUGAAGAUUAAACAAAGGACACACAGACAAAAAAGGGUAGUGGCCAUCUGUCAAGAAGAUUACUUCUUUCCUGUUCUUAAGAUGUAACUGUACAUUUCUCUUAUUAGAAGACAAUAGUCCCAAGCAUUAGUUCUUUCUUUUUGUAGCUAUACACAGUAAAAAAACAAACAAAAAAAUAACUUUUAGAGCUUAGAACUGUUUCAUAGAUCAUAGCUUUUAUUGCUUGUAAUUUUCUGAAAACUGAAAUACUUGUGCUGUUACAAAAUGUCCUGAUUUUAUUGUGGCUUUUAAUUUUGCAGAUUGGUAGUAGAUGGUAUGAGCUUUUAUAAGCUUGUUUGAAAAUAUCUGGAUGAGGAGAGACGGUUCAAAUAAUUUAUUUCGUGUUUUUCUUUCUCCCAGACAUAUUAUUUAAGGCACGGAAAUCUAUCCCUAAAAUAUAUAUAUAUAUAUAUAUAUAUAUAUAUAUAUAUAUAUAUUUAUCAUUUUAAAUACUUUUGAUUGUUCUUGCUAGUUUUGGGCCUAUAAGAUGUUUAACAGGUUAAUGGGUUAAAAAGACACAGUUUUUUUUAAUGCACGUUCCACUCCUGAAUAAACCAACUGUUAUACUGCUGUAUUAGCUUCAACUUCAAUUUAACCAAUUUUACUUUUACUUAUUUUUUUAAUAAAAAAUACUGUGAAUAUUUUAAAUGCCACUCUUUCAUAUGCAAAAAAAAACUUUUUUGUAUUACAAUUUCCCUUUAAGUUUAAUAGCAAUAUUAAACUGUAGCGAAUCAUGUCUGCCCGACUCGCUAAAUUGCUUACAACAUACAAUGUCGACAUUUAACAUUGCACAAGCAUUUCUAGAGAAAUGCUUGUGCAAUGCGCCACCUGCACAUUUGCGGCCAAUCGACCACUAGCAGGAGGUGUCAAUCACCCCAAUCGUAUCUGAUCGUGAUGAUUGCAGUCCGCCUAAAAGGUGGCGGACAACUUAAAGGGAUAGUCUAGUUUAGUCAAAAUUAAACUUGUAUGAUUCAGAUAGAGGAUGCAAUUUUAAGAAAUUUUCUAAUUUACUCCUUUUAUCAAUUUUUCUUCAUUCUCUUGAUAUCUUUAUUUUAAAAAGCUGGAUUGUAAGCUAAGAAGCCAGCCCAUUUUUGGUUUAGCACCUGGAUAGCGCUUGCUAAUUAGUGACUAAAUGUAGCCAUCCAAUCAGCAAGCGCUACCCAGGUGCUGAACCAAAAAUUGGCCGGCUCCUAGACUUACUUUCUAUUUUUUUUUAAAUAAAGAUACCAAGAGAACAAAGAAAAAUUGAUAAUAGGAUUAAAUUAGAAAGUUGCUUAAAAUUGCAUGUUCUGUCUUUUAUUUUUGGCUAGACUAUCCCUUUAAGGAGCAGUGGUCUUGUGACCGCUGCUUCUUAACUUAGGUUUCUGGUGAGCUUGAAACCUUGGGCGUAGAAAGUAGCAUCUGCUGCUUGAUAAAUCUACCCCAUGGAGUCAACCUUACAUUAAAGGAACCAUUGUUAGCAUACAUAAUCUGGCAUAUCGCAAUUAAAAAUAAAGAUAUACUAAAUUUACAUUGACUGCCAAAAAGUGCUAACUGCAUUGUAGCUUUCUCAGGCAACAAGAUAGAUAAAAUGGUUAAGAAUGUCUCAUGCUUUCUAUCCAGGAUUUCUUAAAGGGACAGUAAAGUCAAAAUGAAACUUUAAUGAUUCAAAUAGAAGAUGCAAUUUUAAACAACUUUCCAUUUUACUUCUGUUAUUUCAUUUUCAUUCUUUAUCUUGGUAUUUUGUUGAAGAGCAUGGCUAGACAGGCCCAGAAGCAGCAAUGCACCUCUGGGAACAAGCUGCUGAUGACUGGGAGCUCCAUAUUUAUGCCUGUAAUUACCGGCUCAUGUUUAGCUAGCUCUCAGUGGUGCCUUGCUGCUCCUGAGCCUACUUUUCAACAAAGAAUACCAAGAGAACAAAGUAAAUUUUGUUAUAGAAGUAAAGUAGAAAGUCUAUCGGAGUCAUGCAAUUUUAAUUGUGACUUUAAUAUCCCUUUAAGGUACCACUCUUGUUUUACAGUGCUAAAUCACUUUAUAAACUUUAUAUUUUAACUACUCACACAAGUUCAGUAAUUUGUGGAUUUUGUUUUCUCAUGAAAGAAGUAAACAAAAUAGUUUAAAACACUAAACUGAAAACUGAAACUCUACCAUAAGAAAACUGCUAUACAUGUAUAGCUUGUUACACUACAAUUCAAUAAAUAAAUAAAAAGAUAGCACACUGCAGAAAAUAUGCACUUUUAUCAUUAAAAAUAAAAUAAUACCACAAGUUUUAAAGUAAGGUUUUUCUAAAAUAAAAUAAGCUUUUUAAACAUAUAUAUAUUUAAUUUAAGAAAUAUUAUUUUUCUUAAUCCAGCAAAAAUAUAUAUCAACCAGAAUUUUUUUUUUAAUUGCAGAAUGAAAUGUGAAUUAAUAUUUUAGACUGGUUUUUUUCCCUUUGGUUUAUAGAUAUUAUUAUAUAGAUAUUGUUGCAAAAUGGCUUUUUAAGGUUAAUGAAAAACAAUAAUUUUUCUUCACUUUGCAGCAAUUCCAUCCUAAUUAUAAGAUUAAAACACUGAUAGACACAUUUUCCUCAUUCGAAACCCACAUGAUUCGCUUAUUCUCUCCUCUUUCUAUACGUGUUGCAGUCAUAUAUCCUCCUGGCUCCUCAACUCAAUUUCUAGAUCACUAGGCUGACUGGCUACCUUAUUUCCUUUCCUCAGACACCCCUUCCCUCAUUCUUGGUGACUUCAACAUCCCUCUUGACAAUCCCACUGCCUCCUCUGCAAAACAACUUCUGCAACUCACUUCCUCUUUCAGUUUGUCACAAUGGACUGAUUCUACCACUCACAAAGAUAGUCACUCCCUUGAACUUAUCUUUAGCUAUCGAUGCACCCUCUCAAACUUCACAAACUCCCCCUUUCCUCUUUCUGACCACCAUCUCCUUACUUGCAACAUAUCAUCCCUCCCUACAACUCUCCCUCCUUCUGCUCCUCACACCAAACUUCACAGAAGCAUUAUGUCAUUAGAUCAACAACAGCUUUCUAAUUCCCUCAAACCUCUCCUCUCAUCCUUCUCCUCCUUUUCAUGCCCUGAUAAAUCUAUCUGCCACUUUAAUUCCACCCUUACAUCCGUCCUUGACAAUUUCGCCCCUCUUACCAUAGCUCGGAAAUCAAACUCUCAUCCUCAGCCCUGGCAUACUUCUCUGACACGAUACCUUUCGCAGAUGUUCCCAUACUGCUGAGCGGCACUGGAGAAAAUCUAGGAGUUCAGCUGAUUUUCAACAUUACAAAUUUAUCUUGAACUCCUACUACUCUGCCCUUAAUUUCCAUAAGCAACACUAUUUCUCUACUCUUAUCUCUAAUCUUUCUUCAAACCCAAAACGUUUGUUCUCCACUUUCAAUACUCUUCUCCGCCCUCCCCCACUUCCUAAUGCAACUUCUCUGUCAGCUCAAGACUUUGCCAACCACUUCAAUAACAAAAUCGACUCCAUCAGAAGUGAAAUCAGCUCUCAACAUAAUUCCAUUCUCUCACCCCCUCAAAUACUCUCAAUCAACAACAACCCACAUAACCUUAAACUUAGCUCAUUCUCCCCUGUUACUGAGGAAGAAGUUUCAGCACUUAUACUGCUCUCUCACGUCACUACCUGUCCCCUUGACCCUAUCCCCUCACAGCUACUCCCCUCCCUCUCUGCCACCCUUACCCCUAUACUCACACACACUUUCAACCUCUCCCUCAGCACCGGUAUAUUUCCCUCAUCACUGAAACAUGCACUGGUCACACCUAUCCUCAAAAAACCUUCCCUUGAUCCUACUUCCCCAUCCAACUACCGCCUUAUUUCCCUCCUCCCUCUUGCAUCAAAGCUUCUCGAAAAACUAGCUUAUGCACGCCUAUCCCAUUUCCUUACAAUAAACUCCCUCCUUGACCCAUUGCAAUCUGGAUUUCGUACCCAUCACUCCACAGAGACAGCAAUUGUUAAGGUUACCAAUGACCUACUUACAGCAAAAUCAAAAGGCCACUUCUCUCUGCUUAUCCUCCUUGAUCUGUCCGCCGCCUUUGACACUGUUGACCACCCUCUCUUGCUGCAAUCCUUCGGUAUAUGGGACAUAGCCCUCUCGUGGCUCUCUUCCUACCUGUCAAACCGUACCUUUAGUGUAUCCUUCCCUGGGGCCUCCUCUGCCCCGUCACCACUUUCUGACAGAGUACCGCAAGGCUCUGUCCUCGGUCCCCUUCUCUUCUCAAUCUACACGUCAUCACUAGGUUCCCUAAUAAAGUCCCACGGUUUACAAUAUCAUUUGUAUGCCAAUGACACCCAAAUCUACUUCUCUGCACCAGACCUUUCUCCUUCCUUGCUAACCCAUGUCACUAAUUGCCUUUCUCACAUCUCCAACUGGAUGUCCUCUCACUACCUCAAGCUAAAUCUCUCCAAAACUGAGCUCCUUAUUUUCCCCCCUUCUUCUAAAGAAGGGGGGAAAAUCUCUCUAUAACUCUCUAUAAUCUCUCUAUAACUGUCGACAACUCCAUCAUUACCCCUACCCCGCAUGCCCCAUGUCUCGGGGUCACAUUUGACUCAGAUCUUUCUUUCACUCCUCACAUUCAGUUAUUGGCUAAAGCCUGCCGCUUCCACCUUAAAAACAUCUCUAAAAUUAGACACUUCCUUACACAAGACACAACUAAGAUUUUAAUCCACUCUCUCAUUCUCUCCCGCCUCGAUUACUGCAACUCUGUCCUCUCUGGUCUCCCCACCUACCGCCUAGCUCCUUUACAAUCCAUAAUGAAUGCCUCUGCCAGACUCAUCUUCCUUACACAUCGCUCUUCAUCUGCUGCACCUCUCUGCCAAUCUCUUCACUGGCUUCCUCUUGCCUCUAGGAUCAAACAAAAAAAUAUCAUUCUGACAUACAAAGCCCUCAACUGAACUGCUCCCCCCUAUAUCUCAGACCUUGUCUCCAGAUACUCUCCCUCCCAUCCCCUUCGCUCUGCUCACGACCUCCUACUCCCCUCCUCUCUUGUCACCUCAUCACACUCCCAUUUACAGGACUUCUCCAGACUGGCUCCCAUCUUGUGGAACUCUCUGCCUCGUUCCACAAGACUCUCUUCUAGUUUUAAAAGCUUCAAGUGCUCCCUAAAGACUCUACUGUUCAGGGAUGCAUACAACCUACUCUAACCUUUCUUUAUACCAGUUCCUCUCCUCCAUUGCUAUCCCCUGAACCCCCUUACCAUGUAUGCCUAAGAGUCCAGCUGUUUGUUGAUCACCUUCUCAAGAGCUGACCACAACAGUGCAACUCUUGGCAGGGCCCUCUACCCAUUUGAUCCCUAUAAUUGUUUUCUUGUACUCCGCCUUUGUUAAUAGCGCUGCAGAAUCUGUUGGCUCUCUACAAAUAACCGAUAAUAAUAAUAGACCUAAAUAUAUAUUGGAUAUUCAUUGAAAAGGUUUGGAUAUUUCAACACAAUUAUUUCUUAGAUGUAUAGAGACAGUUAAAGGGACUAAAAAGCAUAAAAAUAAGACAUUCCCUUUUUACAGUGUUUAUACUUCUGCUGAGGGAUUAAAAACAAAUAUAUUUUAUACAUUGAUGCUUCAGGGAAGAAUAUGGUCAGUAAAGUGACAUACAUAUGUAUUGUGCAAUCAUAAAAAACAUUCUACUUUGGAACAGGAUGGAGUACCAGGUGCAUUUAUUCGACUUUGACCCUUAGCACGAUUUAAACAUAAUGUAAAAAGUAAAUGUGUUUAAAAAACACAAAAUUUAGCAUUUUAUUUUUAAACUAUAAUGUCUCUUUUAAAAGGAAAUUAAAGUAAUUUUUUAUUUCUAGCUUAAAGUCUUUUAAUAUAUAUCACAAUUUUCCAUUCUAUGAAAAACAGGUGUUACUUAGAUGAAUAAAGCUACUUAUUACUUGAGUGCUUGUUAAAGUUUAUCCCUGUCCACUGAUAGACCAAUGACGUUUAUUCUCUCACCCAGGGUCCAAUGAUCAAAAGCUCUGUGUGCUUGCAAGAUUUUCUAAGACAUCUCAGCAGCACUAUGAAGUCCCUGUCCUUUCUAUAAAGGCAGUUCUUACAUUGAGAACAGUGUGUCUCGCAAAGGUGUGUUCCCUGCUUUUAAAAGGAUAUGAAACCCAACAUUUUUCUUUCAUGAUUCAGAUAGAGAAUACAAUUUUAAACAACUUUUCAAUUUACUUAAAUUAACAAAUUUGCUUAAUUCCUUUGCUAUUCUUUGUUAAAGGAGCAACAUUACACUACAGGAAGUUAGCUGAACACAUUGGGUGAACCAAGCGCAACUCUGGUGCUGUACCAAAAAUGGGCUGACUCCUAAACUUAGAUUCCUGCUUUUUCAAAUAAAGAUAACAAGAGAAUGAAGAAAAAUAGAUGAGGAGUAAAUAAGAAAGCUACUUAAAAUUGCAUGUCCUAUCUAAAUCCUAGAAGAAAACAUUUGGAUUUAGUAUCCCUUUAAGUAAAGGCGAUGCAUACAUAAUAAUAGGACUCACAAAAAAAGUCAUAAUUUAAAAAUCAUAUAAAAUGAAUAAAUGAAAUAUUUAAAUACAAAAUACACUGUAAAAAUGAUAUUGUUUAAAUCACAUUUAAAAUUGUAACAAAACUGUGAGGCAAAAAUGUCAUUUAUGAUUUUUUUUAAAUUUAUAUUGAAAUUAAAAAGCUAUUUAAGGCUCACAGUAGAAAAUCAUAAUAAACCUACACUGCACAUGUAAAAACCACCAUACACAGUAUUUAUAAUAUGAAAUGUAAAGUGUAUUGUUAUCUUUAAUGUUAAAUCUGGUUCCCUGCCUCUGCUAGUGGGCUGAACCAGGAACAUUCCAUGGUUGUAGAUUAAACAUUCCUUAUUCUCUUAAUUUCCCCCCUGCAGAUCUCAUCCUUUUUUUUUUCUUUGCAUACUAAAAGAUGGUGAGACUGUCAAAAUGUGCAAAACACUUAUUCUCAUACAAAAACAGUUGUAUAUAACAAAUAGAGGCAAUUUUAAAAUACUAUAUGCUGAAAGUAAUCUGAUUUUAUUUUAAAUUGUGUUUCCUUUUAACUUUACUCUCCCCAGUGAAGUUAACUUUUCCAGCUAGCUCCAGUACUUUCUGUAGGAGACAUCUCACAACUUGCAGUGCAUUUUCUGUUUUGUAUCAAUUUAAAAAUCUUCAUCAUAACAGUUUUUUCAUGUAAAAUAAUUAUUUUUGCAUGUUUAUUUGCUAUUUUUUUGUUUAAUGUCCCUUUAAUGAUGGUAGACAGUAUAAUUGUCUGAUCAAAACUCUAUUAUUAGGUGUAUAUCAUAUUUUUUGUAACCAAUAUACAUGACCAUAUAUUAAAAUUCUCACUACGUUCUUUUAUUUUUGCAUUUUUUGUGUAAAUAUUAGAUACAGAUCUAGCUGUCAGUAUUGAAUGACAUUUUAAAUAAACAAGGCUUUCUAUUCUAAGAAAAUCAUUUACUAUAUACUAUUUUAGUUUGUAAAUAAAUUAUGAAUUUUUUCAUAUAAAUAUUUGUAUAUUAUCUAUACAAUUGAUGUAUUGCACUGGUAAAUUGUCAUGUUAUUUAAGUACUUCCAGUUUGUAGAAAGUUGCAUGAUGGUUUCUUAUUCAAUUUGUUUUUUCCAAAUAAAAUGAAAAAGAAAUGAAA